CGGCGCCACGCAGGGCGUUUUGGAGAUCACGACAGAGGGGGAGGACGAGGGGGGCGAGGCCUUUGACUUUGAGGACAGCGAGGACGAGGAUGGCCGGGUGGUGGUCAGCAAUGCCAGGACCGAGCUGGGCACCAGGGGGGCUGUGCAGGGCCCACCUCAGAGGCGGAGAUCCAGCAUCAGCGACGAUCUUGAACCCCUGGAUGACUGGGAGGCCGAGGAGGCUUUGCUGGAGGACCGGGUCCCUAUGACCCAGUCUGACUCGGCCACGAACCUCGAUCACCUGGGCUCACAGACGCAUUCAGAGUUCCUGGGCGCCGUCAGCAAUGGGGAGAUUGCCGGGAGUGCGCAAACGGGGGUGCGGUCCCACAGCUGGAAACGGAGGAACUCCCGGCGAGGUGGUCAGGCUAACCCCCCAGCCCUAGAAGAUGUGAUCUAUGAUGACGUUCCUUACGAAAAUGUGGACCUGAUCCAGCGUGAUUCGGACAGGAGCCUCAUCUACGAAGACGUCCAUCAUGACGGGCCACAGGAGACUGAAGAUCUAGGCUGGAGCUCCAGUGAGUUCGAGAGCUACAGCGAGGAAUCUGGGGAGGAGAGCAAGCCGGGGGCUGAACCAACAAAGCACAAAGUCUCUUUUCAGCCAAAGCUUUCUCCUGACCUUCAUAGGUUGAAGGAGAGGUACUCCCGGACUAAGAGAGACAUCCAAGCUUUGAAAGUCGGGGGGAGAGAUAUGCUGAAGCAAAGAUACGACGGCAAGAUGACCCAGCUGAUGAAAGCGGCUAAGAGUGGCACAAAGGAUGGCCUCGAGAAGACCAAGAUCGCCGUCAUGAGGACUUUCUUGAACAGGAAAGAUGUCCCAGGCGAUUCCGAAGAGGAGGAAAUGGGAUUCCUGGAGGUCCCGGUGAAUGAUCUGAAGCACCUGUUUCCUGAGUUGGGCCCGAUGCCUGAAGGGUUAAGCCCUCAGCAGGUUGUGCGCCGCCACAUUCUGGGCUCCAUCGUCCAGAGCGAGAGAAGCUACGUCGACUCCUUGCGGAGGAUCUUGCAGGAUUACAGGAACCCUCUUGUGGAGAUGGAGCCCAAAGUCCUCAGCCUCCGGAAAUGCCAGGUGGUUUUCUUCCGGGUCAAAGAGAUCCUGCAGUGCCACUCCAUGUUCCAGAUCGCCUUGUCUUCGCGCGUGGCUGAGUGGGACACCACGGAGAAAAUCGGCGACCUCUUUGUGGCCUCGUUUUCCAAGUCUAUGGUUCUGGAUGUCUACAGCGAAUACGUCAACAAUUUCACCACUGCCAUGUCUUUGAUCAAGAAGGCCUGCCUCACCAAGCCUGCCUUUCUAGAGUUCCUCAAGAAGAGGCAGAUGGGCAGCGUCGACCGGGUGACUCUUUACGGCCUGAUGGUGAAGCCCAUCCAAAGAUUCCCCCAGUUCAUUCUCCUCCUCCAGGACAUGCUGAAAAACACCCCCAAGGGCCACGCCGACCGGCUCUCCCUCCAGCUGGCUCUGACGGAGCUAGAGACCUUGGCGGAGAAGCUCAACGAGCAGAAGCGGCUGGCAGACCAGGUGGCCGAGAUCCAGCAACUCACCAAGAGCGUCAGCGACCGCAGCAGCAUCAACAAGCUGUUAAGCUCAGGCCAGCGGCAGCUGCUGCUUUGCGAGACCCUGACGGAGACAGUCUACAGCGACCGCGGCCAGCUCAUCAAGUCCAAGGAGCGGAAAGUCUUCCUGCUGAACGACAUGCUGGUGUGCACCAACAUAAACUUCAAGGGGCAGCUGGAAAUCAGCACCCUGGUUCCGCUGGGCCCCAAGUACAUCGUGAAAUGGAACGCCGCCCUGCCGCAGGUCCAGGUGGUGGAAGUCGGGCAGGAGAGCAGCGCCCACGAGAAGGACAAUGUGGUCAUCCCCAAUCUUGGGCUGAAGAAGCACAUGCCAAGCAGCCAGUCCUCACACAAUAAAGUGUACCUAGGUCCUCCUCGCCUGUUUCAGGAGCUACAAGAUCUCCAGAAAGACCUGGCAGUGGUGGAACAGAUCACUCUGCUCAUCAGCACUCUUCAUGGUACAUACCAGAAUCUGAACAUGACCGUCGCUCAGGACUGGUGCUUAGCUCUGCAGAGGCUGAUGCGGGUGAAGGAGGAAGAGAUCCAUUCUGCAAACAAGUGCCGUCUCCGUCUCCUACUCCCAGGGAAGCCAGACAAGUCUGGGCGCCCUGUGAAUGUCAUGGUGGUCUUCAUUACCCCCAACCCCCUCAGCAAAAUCUCCUGGGUCAACCGCUUGCAUUUGGCCAAAAUUGCUCUGCGCGAGGAGAACCAGCCUGGCUGGCUGUGCCCGGAAGAGGACAAGAAGUGCAAAGCCCCCUUCUGGUGCCCCAUUUUGGUCUCCCGCAUGCCCGCCUUCUCUUCCAGAGCUCUGGACCUGCAGCUUGGUGCCGCCGUCCACAGCCCGGUCCAUUCUUCCUUGCUGGGUUUCUCCGCUGUCAGCACUUCUCUGCCGCAAGGCUAUCUCUGGGUCGGCGGAGGGCAGGAGGGGGCUGGAGGCCAGGUCGAAAUCUUUUCCCUGAACCGGGCAGCACCCCGCACUGUGAAGUCCUUUCCGGUCGCCGCCCAGGUCCUGUGCUCGGAAUACAUUCCCGAGAGGAGCGAAGAGGAGAGAGCCGACGGUUUGGAGACGUCUGCUGAGCAGGCCUUGCCGCCACAGCCGGUGAUCUGCCUCGGGCUGCAGGACGGCAGCAUCCUGGUUUAUGGAAGCGUGGACAUGGGGACGCAGUGCCUCUUGACGGGCAAGAGCCCCGGGCUCCAGCCAGUCCUGUGCUUGAAGCACAGCCCCGACUACCUCUUUGCUGGCCUGCAGGAUGGAACAGUGGCUGCUUACGCGAGAACCAGCGGGGGGUUCUGGGACCUGGAGGCUGAGCCUGCCUGCCUGACGGUGGGGCUGGCACCAGUACGGACCCUUUUGACCCUGGACGAUGCCGUGUGGGCCAGCUGCGGAAACCAAGUCACCGUCUUCGAUGCUGCCACCCUGAAGGCGCAGCAAACGUUUGAGGCCCACCCAGAGGAAGAAGCAAGCGUCACCCACAUGAUCAAGGCGGGCAGCGGCGUGUGGAUGGCCUUCUCCUGCGGCUCCUCCGUCCGGCUCUUCCACACUGAAACGCUUGAGCACCUGCAGGAGAUCAACAUCGCCACGCGGACCACUUUUGCCCUGCCAGGCCAGAAGAAUGUCCGCGUCACCAGCCUUCUGAUUUGCCAGGGCCUUCUCUGGGUUGGCACUGACCAAGGCAUCUUGGUCCUUUUGCCUGUGCCCAGGUUGGAGGGGAUACCCAAGAUCACAGGGAAAGGCAUGGUCUCCCUUAACGGCCACUGUGGCCCGGUGGAAUUCCUGGCUGUCGCCCUCAGCACCCUGGCCCCGGACAUCCUCAAGAGCGACAAGGAGGAUGACCCGCUGGCAGAUCCCGUAUCUGCCAAGGAAGAGAAGCCGGACAGCAAACCGGCAGAUCCAGCUUCCCAGGACAGCCCUCCGAUGAGGGAGCUCCGGAAAAAGGGCAUUCUCCUGCAGUACCGCCUCCGUUCCACCUCUCACCUCCCCGGGCAGCUGCUCUCGAUGCGAGAGGCACCCUCCACCGCCGGCGGGAACGCCCCAGAGCACACCGAGGAGGACGGCUCCGUCUACGAGAUGGCCGACGACCCGGACAUUUGGGUCCACAACCGGCCGUGCGCCCGCGAUGCUCACCGCAAGGAGAUCUCCUCCCUGGCUGUGGUUUCUGGCGGGAGAGGCUACCGGAACUUCAACUCCAACGGCAAGCCGCCAGCCAGCAGUGAGGCAGACAGUACCUUGUUGAUAUGGCAGGUCCCACUGAUGCUAUAACCCCGGCCCCCUCUCACUGGCCGUCCGGCCGUCCCUCCCACAAUGCCUUGCUUUGGGACACCUUGCAACGGUAUGUUGGGCUUGCCGGAGGUGGUGGCUGCAUUCCCCUCAUCCCGAUGGACUCUCUCUCUCCCCUACCCCCUUUAGAUUUUUUGGGGAAAACAUCUUGCCUAAAAGAGGCUUCAAAUUCCUUCUCUACUUUCCCCUCUCUCUCUUUGUCGUGAUUGGAACACGCUCCAAGUCUCCCCAUUUGUUUGGAACACACACAAUUCACGUGGGGGUUUGGUUCUGAGAUUUCUGCAUAUACACAAAAACUGUAUGCUCAAACUGCCCCCCCCAGCUUUCUGAGUUCUUCCCUAGCCAGAGCGCCGAGUGGGCUGGCUCCAGGAUGCUCUCGCAAGACCUCAUGGGGUCGUCCGAGUUCCUGCGGGAUCUCACGCAAGUAUCCCCACGUUUCCGGAGCUGGUGCGCCGAGAAGGCCUUGCCUCCCCUAGGAAGGCAGAGAGCUUAAAAGCU